AUGGCGGAGAAAGCUGCAACCAAGAAACUUAUGGACGAUGCUGGAUACAGGCUAGGUGCAGAAAAUCAGCGGCAGUGCCGGAUCUUUUGGAGAAAUUUUCUCAAAAUGCGCGACGUCGGUAUCGAAAAAGUCCUAUAUUACCGCACCAAAGAAUUUGGCAGCUACUGCAAAGGAAAUCCCAAGACGUCAGAAACCUCUCGCGUGGAUACAAUCAAGAAGUGGGAGGCCCGAUAUAGACCUCAUAUCGAACAACUAGAAACGCGGCUUCUCAGGCUCGGGAAAGUUUCUGAGAGGCUGAAAGCUCAGGGGUCCUGUUGGAACUGUGCCAGAAAUGAAUGGGCCUUCCCCAACGAGGAAGAAAGCUUCAAGGGACUUGGCUUGCAGGCUUUCUCUCCUGAUAUGGUAUGCGCACCCUACGAUAACCAUUUAGUGUCAGAAUCUGGUGGAAAUAAAUCCGCAUUCACCUUCCUCUUGCCUAAAGACGAUAGCUCUUUACUCGUUUGUUCCAUCAUUUCCGUGCGCGAAGGAGACUUUUUAUGUAAGUGCCACACACGGUAUCUGCGGACCAAUCGACAAUCUGGGGCUAGACUACUCAAAGUCACUGGUACAUUGAACCAAAUGCUCGUCUCCAAACCUGGUGGUUCCACAAACGUUCGGGCCCAUUGGGAAUCAAUCUAUGAUGAUAUUGGCCCAGAGAGCUGGGCCUCAUGGAGAGUUUCUUUAAAAGCCACUAAGCCCAUGAUGCUAUUUGAGCCUCUCGUUCGUGAGGCUGCCCAGCAAGAGCAAUAUGUGUUGCACUCGGCUCCUGAGCAUGCAAAGAGAGGUUUCCUCAAGCUUUAUGAAACUGACUGA